AUGUCGCUCGUCAAUCUCGCCGCCGUCUGUUCCCAUCUGAACAAUGCUACCAGUGUACGCCUGGGACUCACCUCUAUCCCCAAUAGCAAAAUGCACCUGAAACUCUGCCUGGCCCUCCAGAACUCCGGCUACAUUUCCUCCGUGGUGCGCGGUGGCCCUACUCCUCCUCCCGCGCAUCCUUUGCUCGGAUAUCCGGCCGUCAACAACAAGGUUGACACCAUUGAACCGAUUACGCGCCAGAAUAUCGCAUCAAGACGCAUCUGGCUGGGCCUGAAAUACUGGCAGAACGAGUCGGUCCUCGGUAAGAUGAGCAUGGUCAGCAAGCCGACCCGACGGAUCACCAUGACUGUCUCACAACUGCGACGUAUUGUGCGCGGAGAGGAUGUCGAAUAUGUGGGUGGCAUUCGCUCACCGGGCGAGAGUCUGUAUUUGUCGACGGACCGGGGAAUCAUGGAGGCACGCGAGUGUAUCGAGAAAAUGCUCGGCGGUUUGGUUUUGUGCCGAGUGCUAUAA